UUACCCAAUACCCAAACCCUAUUCACUUACCCGCCAUCUCCAAUACUCGGUACCCAAUACCCUCUUCUCUCUCCGUUCAACCUCUCGCCGGAGAUCGGCUACUCCGGCCUCUAGGGUUGAGGACGUGGCGGAUUUCGUCGGCGGAGACGAGGAGGAGUUCGUCUUUCUGUGAAUUUCAGGCGCCUGCCAGAGCUAACUUGGUCUCCAUCUCAAAACCUUCAGAACCGAUUUCCGGCGUCAACUUCAAUUUCCGCCAUUGUUUCUCUCCUCUCGCAGUCUGGUUGAUUUCUAGGGUUCUAUUCCAUCUUGGCUCUCACCAGCUUCGAAUUCGUACUCAAGUUUCUCUAAGCAUGGAAGAUGUGUCAUAUAGCUGUGCUAAUAAUGACAUAUAGCUGUGUCAUAUAGCCUCUCGAUAAUGUGAGGCACGGACAGAUUCUAUUAUUGUUCAGAGGUGAAAGAAGAUGAGCAAGUCUUCUGCAGGGGAAGGUUCAUCCUCAAAAGCGAAAGCUGGACCCUCACAGCCGGCAGAAACUUCAUUUAAGCGCAAGCGUGGAGUCUUCCAAAAAGAAUUGCAGCACAUGAUGUAUGGUUUCGGAGAUGAUCCCAAUCCUCUUCCAGAGAGUGUGGCUCUCAUGGAGGACAUAGUGGUUGAAUACAUUACAGAUUUGGUACAUAAAGCCCAAGAUACUGGAUCAAAUAGGGGAAAGCUAUCAGUGGAGGAUUUUCUCUACCUAAUCCGCAAGGAUUCUCCAAAACUUAACCGCUGUAAAGAAUUGCUGUCUAUGAAUGAAGAGCUAAAGCAAGCAAGGAAGGCUUUCGAGACAGAUGAAGAGAACCUGCGGAAAGCUUUUGAGGCGGAUGAUGAUAAACUGGGAUCAACAGAAUAAUAUCUACUUGGGGUUCUGUUUAACUUUCCUACGGAUUAGUAUCUUCUUUAGGCUGAUGAUUUUGCUGUACAUCGUAUGUUUGGUUAAACAAAUCUGACUAUGAUGCCUAAAAUUAAUUCCAUACUUGCACACAGUUGGUUUGAUCCCUA